AAUUCACACAUUGCCUAAGUCUCUUGUUUACAUCAAAAGAAAAAAAAAUGGCAUCCAAAAUUUUAUUAGCUCUCAUUUCUCUCAUCAGCCUAACCCUAACCCUUCCCUCAAGUGCCCAAGACACACCACAAGACUACCUCGAUGCCCAUAACGCAGCUCGUAUAGCCGUAGGUGCAGGACUCGAACCGAUGACAUGGGACAACACGGUGGCUGCGUAUGCUCAAGAUUAUGCGAAUCAGCGCAUCAACGAUUGCGCACUUAUACAUUCUAGCGGGAGUUACGGUGAGAACAUUGCGGCAAGUAGCGGUGACUUUUCGGGUACGGGUGCAGUGAAGCUGUGGGUUGAUGAGAUUGCUUUCUAUGACUAUAACUCGAACUCUUGUGCAACGGGCGAGCAGUGCGGUCACUACACUCAGGUGGUUUGGCGUCAGUCGGUUCGAUUAGGGUGUGCUAAGGUGAUGUGCGCAAAUGGUGGAACUUUCAUUACCUGUAACUAUGAUCCUCCAGGCAAUUUUAUUGGAGAGAAACCUUAUUAAUUAAUAUGUUUGAUCAUGUGUGUUACAUUUGGAUUUGUAAUGUCUAUGUAUUUGUAUUUGUAUUUGAAUUGUUUUUAUAUGAAUAAGUCAGUAAGAACUUGAGGUUUGUAUAGAUGAAUUCUCAAGUUUUAAUUGGAGGGUUAUAGAAAGAAUAAGAAUGAUGAAAUAAUGAAAUAAAUUAUACUGUAUUGUGUA